AUGACCAAAUCAACCUCUAGACGCCAUCAACAAGACGUGGACGAGCCAUCACAAACCUCCACUCGAUGCCGAAUUGUGUACAAUCCUCAAAACAUUGAUCGUUCGAAGCGAGUCGCACCCGGCUGUGAAAUCAAUCUCAACAACAUCCUCGCUGCAUCCAAGACUCGAAGCAGAAGUAAUGUCAACUAUCGAACACUCAACAACAGUGGAGUGGUCAUCAAGACCAAUCGCAAAUCAAAGAACAAUAUUUACAUGCGAACCAAGUCCACUGAGAAGAUUCAAAAGACUUCCAAGAAGAAGAAUUCUCUGAAGAACAAGAGAUCAGAGGAAGCCAAUGAUGAUGACAAGGAAAAUGUGGUGAACCAUCAAGAAGAUGCUGAAGAAUCUACCGGUGAAGAAGAAGAAAAGGAAGAGACUUGUGAUAACUCAACUUCUUCUGCUCCUCCUCAAAGCGUUGAAUUGGUUCCAUCAUUCACAGCUCAAGAUGAAGAAAUGGAUGAAUCUGUGUAUCAAGUCAGUCUCUCUUCUCAAAUCAAAACCCUCUUGACAGAAAAGCUAGGAGCAGUAUUGCCAGAAACCGAAUCUAAAAAGCAUCGUCGAACCUUUGGAGUGUAUCGUUUGCCACUCGCUGUGGUUGAAUGGGGUCGUAUUUGGGCCAAUACCGUCAAGUCGACCAACUUGAUCAAAUUAUUCAAAUGUGAAACGAGUGAACUCUCGUUUUCUACUCUUGAAUUCACAGAAAUGGAUUUGGAAGAGGAAGAAAAGAAUUCAUUUGCCUUCUUGAAGGGAACAGACGAUCGAAUUGUCAUUGGUUCUGGUAACGAUACCCUCCUUGCCGUCAAAUUGGAGGAAGCUAAGAAUUGUGAAGAUUUAUUGGUCUAUGCCUUGAAGGAUUCUGCUCCUCACCAAGUAUUUGGACCAUUCAAGCUCUCAUGGAUCCUCGAAAAUUGUGAGAGUGAUGGUCAAGACACUCCUCAAGAACAAUAA